ACGAGUGGAACUUUCAAAGAGCAGAACCGGUUUCUCGGAGGAAACGGCUCGAGUCCGAGCAACGAUCUCUCGAGACGAAUCACUCCGAGUUUAGGAAACGCAGACGUAAACACGACUGGAAUCGAUCGACUUCCGGGGUCGAAGGCUAGAACGCAACGAUGAAAUAGUAAAAGGAAGCCUGCUGCGGUAUGCCGGUGGGACAAGAGCCGGUUAGGUAAAUCGGUUGCUUUCUUUUCCCACUGGUCAGUCAGUCAUCGAGCAUGGCUCUACGCGACUGGUACGCGAAUCGUGAGCUGCUCCUAACGGGAGUUACUAGUGACGUAGGACGUGCGUUGCUGGAAAAGAUUCUCCGUUCAUUCCCCGAUGUAAAGGUUUACGCGAUCGUCCGGUCCCGGCACGGUUUCGACAAAGACGACAGGAUAAAGAACAUCUUUCUGUCGCCACGAUUCGAGAGACUGAGACAGGAGGCCCCAAACGCGAUUUCUCGGGUGAAGGCGUUAGAGGGUAAUUUAUUGUACGAUGGACUGGGCACGACGAGGGCGGACAAGGAACUGUUACGAAACGUGAGCGUGGUGUUGCACGCGGCUGGUCCGUACAACGAGGUAUUUCGACUCUGCCAGAAACUGCCACGUCUUCGAGCAGUGGCAGCGAUCACGAGCAUUUUCCAUCACGAGGGUCGAAUCGCCGAAUCGUUGGAGAAAGAAGAGGAGGCGAUCGACGGACCCGUGGCUCUGGUGCGAGUUCCGCUGGUCGGACCUGCACUGCGCGAGCCUAUGCCUGGCUUCGUCGAUCUUCUCAAAGGAUCGACGGCUCUGAUGGUAGGAGCCGGCCUCGCCCUCGGUAACUCGGAGUUUCAAGCGGAAAUCAUUCCGAUCGACUUGACGGUCAACACCCUGAUCGCCGUUGCUUGGGAACGAGCCACCGCAAAAAAUGUAGAAACCGCAGUGGUGUGUAACGCGGUCUCUAUAGGAUGCACAUGGAGCGAUCUGAUUGAAAAAGGUCGACGGGGUAAUCAAAAGUUUGCGUAUCCGACUUUCGGCAUCCGAGGGAUGACAUCUGUGGUAGCGCUGUAUCGGACUCUGGUGUUGCUUCUCGAAUGGUUGCCAUCUACGCUCUGUGACACGAUUCUCGGACUGGUAGGAGCAAAGAAAAGGUUUCUCGAGGAACACCGGAGAGUUCGUAAUGCACUUCGAUCUCUUGAGUCAAUUUCAUCGAGGCCGUGGUCAGUAGAGAGGAAUCGCGUGUACUUGCUUCAGCAACGUCUCACCCCAGAAGACCAAGAUGCAUUUCCGGUUUCCACGGAAAUCGACGUCGAGAGUUACGUUCUGUGCGCUGCGGCUGCUGCCAAGAAGUAUUGCGUGGACGAGAGCAAUAUCAGCCUCGUAAAAAUCUUCCGACUACUUUUCUUCUUUCUUAUCGCGGCAUCCCUCUUCUGCGCGUUCUUCCUCAACGGAUAUCACGUGCUUGCAAAGCACGAUGAACUCUGAGCCAGUUUUAACUUCACACUUAAGGCGUAAAAUUUACCUACGCGUUUAAAGUCUGUGUUCGAACGUUCGAGUAACGAAUGUCCUUUUGAAUAGCAAUAGCGCGAAAGCUAUCUUAUGACACUUUGUCUUUCCAAUUAAUACGUUUAAUUCACGUAGCUUAAAAUACCUCGCGAUAAAAAAGCUGGAAAUACAUGAAAUUAAGAGGAAGAGCGUAUUAUGGUUUUGCGUUUAUAGCUGUAUAUUACGCGAAACUUUGUCAAGGAAGAUACACGAUAUAUCGAUACGUCUUCCGAACGGUCAUAGUUGUACAUAACGAUAAGGAAAAUGACCACAAUAUAUGCGAUUUGAACCUCGAAUUCGAAAUCAACUAUCCUGACGUAUUUAUUUCUACGUACAUAUUUACGUCGGAUUAAAAGCAACUUUUGCGCCACACGGAGGUUGCUAAAAAACGAAGUAAUUUUUCCCCCGAGUAGAUUCCGCUUUGGUAAAAGGAAGACGCUGCUUACAAGCGGAAAUCCUUCUUUUUCCUCUUUAGAGCGUACAUCUUACUACGAACGUAAUCGUAUAAUAACGCUAGAAUCCAGCGAGUUAAUUUGAAUGCCGCUCUUGCCGAAGACGAUCAUGGUAUUGCUCAAACUACCGGCCGAAUAAUCGAAGGAAAAGUUUGCACAGCGAGAGAAAUUCGAUCCUUUCGUCCAUCCAUCAGUCUCUGUCUCUCUAUUUCUCUUUUUUCCCUUCCCUAUCAAUUAUACGUCUUUGAUCGUAUCGCUUUAGCGUGCUUCGACUGAUAUUCGUGCAAAUGAAUUGCAUGCAUUUUUUAAAGAAAUUCAUAGUAGCUUUAAUUUCAGAAUUCCUCUGUCUCAUUUGUAUCAAGUUUAGAAGUAACCAGCGUUCGCGUGACAGGUCUGCGACGUGCCCAACGCGAUCACCCUUCGGGUGAAAUGCAAAAUUGAAAAGCAUUUGGAGCUACUACGAUACUACAUAUUUCCGUAACUUUCAGACAAUUGGACAUUGCCAGAUUUUAAUUCCAAGUUCGUCGGUGUCAUCGUUAUUAGUCGCGUUAGUUUAAUCUCCGCUCGUGAGGAAUCGUGUCGCGCUCCGUUUUCGUUCUUCGCUUUCCCUUUUCAAUGCAGAAAAUUUGAUCCUCCUCGGAAAGAACGCAUUCAACUUGGAUUCUUCUAUUCCGUCACGCUGCACCACUUCGUACCGUGUGCAAGACGAGUCAUUUAAAAUCAAAUAGUCGUUUAAACUCGUCGUUUCCGUAGAAAUAAAAAUUACUUUUACACGUUAAAAUAUUACGAUCCAUCGAUAACGAUUUCAUCGCCAAUUCUGGCGCACGUAAAGCCGCUUAAAAAAAUAAUUUCUAUUUCGUCGGAAAAGUAUCUGAAAUUGGACGUCGUAAACAGAUAUAGUAAUAGGUGAGUAGAUUUGAGAAACGAACUUACAAGAAGGGAAAAGAAACAUUAGAUAAAUCCGAAAAUACCUAGCAGCUGAUUUUACGACUUAUGAUAAAAAGUCAUAUGGAAAUGUAUUUCGCGAAUACAUCGGUAUUCACAGUUUCGAAUAUAUAAAUGUGAUUGCAGUCGAGCCGAAUGUACGGCAAAUAUUCGUGAGAAUUUUCCAAGGCGUCUAUACACAAGAGAAUGGUAUACUGGUGAAAGUUUGCGGCAGAACA